AUGUUUGGGUCAGUUGCAGUGGCAUUGACAUGCUGUGCUGUGUUCGUGGUGCUGUAUGCAUUUAACGCAUACCGGCGGAGUCUUAGGCUACCGGAGUGGAACCAACGUUAUGUGUUGGUCACGGGGUGCGAUUCUGGUUUUGGACGGCUGUUGGCCAAACAGCUGGAUAAAGCUGGAGUCCAUGUAUUUGCGGGAUGUCUUAACAAGAAAUCCGAGCUAGGGUUGAAACAGAAAUGUUCCAAAAGACUGAAACCAAUUUCUCUAGAUGUGACGAGUGGAGAGUCGAUUGCUGAAGCAGUGGAGUAUAUGGCCAAUAUCAUCCCUAAAGGUCAAGGGCUAGGAGGACUGGUAAACAAUGCUGGGGUAUUUCCGAUCUCGGCACCCCUUGAAUGGCUCACCAAACAGGAUUACGACUUAACGUUUGCCGUAAACCUCCACGGCGUCAUCGACGUCACGACAGCUUGUCUCCCCCUUCUCCGCGUAGGUUCUGGUCGAGUGGUCAGCGUGUCAAGUGAUGCUGCUCUGUUCGCCUGGCCAGGGGGCUGUGCUUACAAUAUCACUAAGUGGGGAAUAGAAGCAUUCACAGACACAUUCAGACGAGAAUUCUACAAUACUGAUAUGUCAGCACAUCUAGUACAACCUGGGGCCUUUCAAACUUCAAUCGUUCUUCCACAAAUGAUGGCGAAGAAGUUUCGAGACCGAUUUGCGAGUCUCCCAGACCACAUUAGUCAACACUACGGAAAUAAAUUCAUCAAUGCAUGGAAAGAUAAUAUUCUAAACUUGCCGAACAUCCAGGACACAGAUAUAUCGAAGGUGACGGAUGCAAUGACUCACGCACUGUUUGCGAUGUAUCCGCUUGCACGGUAUAGAGUCGGAACUGACUGUCGCUUUUUGUGGUGGCCCCUGUCGAUGGCCCCGCUAUGGUUCUCAGAUUGGCUGUACAGCCUUCCACGCACGGAUUUGAAGUAG